UCUUAUUGCUAUCAGUUAGCAAAAGUAAACCGGUUGUUUUUCUCACUAUAAGUUCUGUUACUUAAUAGAAGGGUUCUCUUAAAGAAUAUAUAUUUACAUAUAUGGCUUCUGCUACCCAAUUGACCCACAGAGGUAUCCAUUUGGCCGGACUGUACAGAUCUUCUUGGUCUAAGCCCUUGUUCCGACAUUUGGCAACAAAGCCUAUACUGUAUUCCUAUUGGCCUAGUUCGUGUUCUUGGAGAGUUCGCGUUGCGCUGGCAAUAAAGAAGAUUGAUUAUGACAUUAAGCCGACUUCUUUGCUAAAAACAGUUAGCGGACAUGCCUAUACGGAUGAAUAUAGGGAAGUCAAUCCGAUGCAAAAGGUUCCCUCGUUGAAGAUUGAUGGCCAUACCUUGUGCGACUCGGUGGCUAUUAUCCACUACCUGGAGGAAACUCGACCUCAGCCAGCACUUCUGCCCCAAGAUCCGGUUAAAAGAGCAAAGAUCCGUGAAAUUGUGGAGCUCAUUUGCUCGGGCAUCCAGCCACUGCAAAAUGUAUCUGUCCUAGAUCAUAUAGGCAAGGAUCAGAGUCUGCAAUGGGCACAACACUGGAUUUCUCGAGGAUUUCAGGGUCUCGAAAAGGUUCUUUCCCAUUCGGCGGGCAAAUUCUGUGUGGGAGAUGAGCUCAGCAUGGCUGAUAUUUGCCUGGUACCUCAGGUGCGCAAUGCCAGGAGAUACAAAGCUGACCUGACCCCAUAUCCCACCAUAGUACGCUUGAAUCAGGAACUACAAGAACUUGAUGUCUUCAAAGCCACUCAUCCCAGUACCCAGCCAGAUUGUCCACCUGAAUUCGCAAAAAAAUAAUCAAAACUUAAGAUAUAUUACAUUGCAUUUAUAAAGAUGCUUGAUAUUAAAUGGAUUUCCAAAGCACCCAG